AUGGCUUCUGAUGAUGACGACGUAUCGAAUUUGGACAUUUUCCGGUACGCCCCGCGGAACGUACUUGUGGUCUUGUACGCUGUCUUCUUUCCGCUGAUUGCCAUAAGUAAUCUCUCUGUUCUCUACGUCCUUCUCAGCAGUGCUAAGAUGCGGACAUCUACAAACAUUUACAUCACUUCCAUCUGUUUUGCCAGCUUUCUCGUCGGUUUGUUUACAUGCAUUUCCUCACUACACGAGUUGACCGCCAGUGAAGAUAUCGGUACCUCCCACCUCACGGUUUGCGUUAUGUUUGUUUACCUAGAAAUCAUGGCCAUCACUGCGUGUACAUUGUCUUUCACAGCUACUGCGGUAGACCGCUACCGAACUAUUGUGCAGUCAAACAAACCGCGCUUUUCCCUGAGGGCCACUUGCUGUAUUUUGGCCGGAGUCUGGAUCGUCGCGCUUUUAUAUGCCUGUCGUACAUUCAUUCAGUCUGCAGCAAGUGAGGAACACGAGUCUGACGAAGACACAUCCACAACGAAAGACUGGCUAGAAACGAAUAAGACUGCCAACGGAACAACGGAAACGAUGCUUAAAGAGCAUCAAGAACAACGUAUCUGCAGCAACUUCCUGGAGGACGAGAGCGACGACUUUAUUUUCCGCGUCAUAGAUAUGUUUGUUAUCUUUCUCGUUCCUCUGAUCGUCAUGUCCGUUCUCUACUCGCUGGUCGCUGUCAAAUUGUGGGCCUCCAAAGGCCCUACCAACAGCUCGACUAGAGACAAACGGAAAACACUUCGCCUCUUGUUGAUCAUUGUCGCUCUGUUCUUCUUCUGUUGGUCUCCGUUUCACCUGUUUGAGGUGAUCCACGACUCGCUGGAGACCCAAGGGCUGGAGCUGGAGACGGCGUCCUUCUCAGGGGCCCGCGUCUGGUCACUAGUACUGGCCAUCAGCAACUCUUGGCUCAAUCCCAUUGUGUACUGCUAUCUGAACAGGAACUUCCGCGUGGAGCUGAAAAAGAAGAUACGAUACUGGAGGGUGUGUUGCUGUAGGAGCCGUGUUUUCCCUGAGGACAACCAGCAAGGUACUACGGAAACAACACAAGGCAGCGAUUAA